CAAAAUCCCCAAAACUGAAAACAAAGAGAAGAGAAGAGAAGAGAAAGAAGGAGAGGCUGUGAGAUGGCGUCAACGGCGACUCUGAUUACUCUUCUAAUCCUCUCCAUCUUCGCAAUCUCCGCCACCGCCAGACCCUGCAACACUCUCUUCCUCUCCUCCUACUCCGUCUCCCUCCGCCGCCUCCCCUCCCCCUCCGGCUUCGUCACCGUCGUCACCGAGAUCAGACAGCUCCGCCCCAUCCGCUUCUACCAGGACGCCGCCGCCGAUGAGCCCCGCCGCCCUCUCUCCACCGACCUCAGUUCCCUCCGCGAUCGCACCAAGGACAUCCUCAGCAUCGUCGUCGCGCUCCUCUUCGGCGUCGGCUGCGGCGCCCUCACCGCCGCCACCAUGUACCUGGCCUGGUCCCUCUUCUCCGCCCGCCAGUCGUUCGAUGACGCCGAGGAUGACUUCAGCCCCAAGAAGAUGGGGUAUGUCAAGAUUCCCGAGGCCGUUAAGGCGGCGCCGGUGAAGGAAGCCGCGGCGGUAUGAAUUUCAUCUCUCUUUUUAAGAUGCUUUUUAUUGUGUGUGAAAAUGUGACCGUGUCUUUGGGAUGAUGUCAUGAUGAUGAUGAUGAUGAUGAAUAAGCAUAUAUUCGUGAGCUCCUGGUCUGUAUUGGGCUCGAAAUACUGUCUCUCCUUCUUUCUCUAUGGACAUGAUACAUUUGAAGUCAUCUGAUGUGUUAAUAUAUUUCUGUAAUUAUUAAUUUUGUGAUU